GUGACUAUCACACGGCGGGUCCAGCUGGGGAAUGGAGAGACCGGCAGGUGAGAGAGAGGAGCUGGGGGGGAAUGGGACAUGCAGCCACUCACACCAUGCUCAGCCAGCAUACAGCCACUCACACCAUGCUCAGCCAGCAUGUCUGGAGGGUGUCGUGGCACAUGCAGCCACUCACACCAUGCUCAGCCAGCAUGUCUGCAGGGUGUCAUGGGACAUGCAGCCACUCACACCAUGCUCAGCCAGCAUGUCUGCAGGGUGUCAUGGGACAUGCAGUGGGCAGCAGCUGCCGAUGGAGCACAGUUUCUCCGAGCUGUAAUGGAUUCAGAUUAGUGCAGGAAGGGAUAUCUGAUCCGGGAAUACCAGUCACAGCCUGGAGGUCCAUUUCAACUCACUACAGCUCGAGCUUACAUGGACACUACAGACAUCCCAAACAACUUCAGCUUCAUAAAGCAGUGAUCAUACAGGGAGUGCAGAAUUAUUAGGCAAGUUGUAUUUUUGAGGAUUAAUUUUAUUAUUGAACAACAACCAUGUUCUCAAUGAACCCAAAAAACUCAUUAAUAUCAAAGCUGAAUAUUUUUGGAAGUAGUUUUAGUUUGUUUUUAGUUUUAGCUAUGUUAGGGGGAUAUCUGUGUGUGCAGGUGACUAUUACUGUGCAUAAUUAUUAGGCAACUUAACAAAAAACAAAUAUAUACCCAUUUCAAUUAUUUAUUAUUACCAGUGAAACCAAUAUAGCAUCUCAACAUUCACAAAUAUACAUUUCUGACAUUCAAAAACAAAACAAAAACAAAUCAGUGACCAAUAUAGCCACCUUUCUUUGCAAGGACACUCAAAAGCCUGCCAUCCAUGGAUUCUGUCAGUAUUUUGAUCUGUUCACCAUCAACAUUGCGUGCAGCAGCAACCACAGCCUCCCAGACACUGUUCAGAGAGGUGUACUGUUUUCCCUCCUUGUAAAACUCACAUUUGAUGAUGGACCACAGGUUCUCAAUGGGGUUCAGAUCAGGUGAACAAGGAGGCCAUGUCAUUAGAUUUUCUUCUUUUAUACCCUUUCUUGCCAGCCACGCUGUGGAGUACUUGGACGCGUGUGAUGGAGCAUUGUCCUGCAUGAAAAUCAUGUUUUUCUUGAAGGAUGCAGACUUCUUCCUGUACCACUGCUUGAAGAAGGUGUCUUCCAGGAACUGGCAGUAGGACUGGGAGUUGAGCUUGACUCCAUCCUCAACCCGAAAAGGCCCCACAAGCUCAUCUUUGAUGAUACCAGCCCAAACCAGUACUCCACCUCCACCUUGCUGGCGUCUGAGUCGGACUGGAGCUCUCUGCCCUUUACCAAUCCAGCCACGGGCCCAUCCAUCUGGCCCAUCAAGACUCACUCUCAUUUCAUCAGUCCAUAAAACCUUAGAAAAAUCAGUCUUGAGAUAUUUCUUGGCCCAGUCUUGACGUUUCAGCUUGUGUGUCUUGUUCAGUGGUGGUCGUCUUUCAGCCUUUCUUACCUUGGCCAUGUCUCUGAGUAUUGCACACCUUGUGCUUUUGGGCACUCAGUGAUGUUGCAGCUCUGAAAUAUGGCCAAACUGGUGGCAAGUGGCAUCGUGGCAGCUGCACGCUUGACUUUUCUCAGUUCAUGGGCAGUUAUUUUGCGCCUUGGUUUUUCCACACGCUUCUUGCGACCCUGUUGACUAUUUUGAAUGAAACGCUUGAUUGUUCGAUGAUCACGCUUCAGAAGCUUUGCAAUUUUAAGAGUGCUGCAUCCCUCUGCAAGAUAUCUCACUAUUUUUGACUUUUCUGAGCCUGUCAAGUCCUUCUUUUGACCCAUUUUGCCAAAGGAAAGGAAGUUGCCUAAUAAUUAUGCACACCUGAUAUAGGGUGUUGAUGUCAUUAGACCACACCCCUUCUCAUUACAGAGAUGCACAUCACCUAAUAUGCUUAAUUGGUAGUAGGCUUUCGAGCCUAUACAGCUUGGAGUAAGACAACAUGCAUAAAGAGGAUGAUGUGGUCAAAAUACUCAUUUGUCUAAUAAUUCUGCACUCCCUGUAUCUCUACAGCAGGGAUAGGCAACCUUCGGCACUGCACAUGUUUUGGACUACACCUCCCAUGAUGCUUUGCCAGCAUUAUGGCUGUAAGAGCAUUGUGGGAGAUGUAGUCCACAGCAUCUGGAGUGCCAAAGGCUGCCUACCCCUGCUCUACAGUCUCACUGCUCAAUUCACUGCCAUUUAAGGCAUUAACCCACUUGCGCCGUUAGGAAGUAUCAUUAUGUCACUAAAGUAAUGGGCUGUAACGACGUUAGGGCGUAAUAACACGUCCUAACGUCUGUACCGGUAAAGGCCCUCUGAUAUAUAUUAUACUUAUCUCGUCACUUCUGAUCUGGGGGCUCCCUGAAAUCAGAGACUGUCCCUGCCCCCUCCCACAGCAGUGCCCACAAGUAUAGACACAUAUUCAGAAAGGCGAUUUCCGAAGUAGCAGCUGCUCACUGUUAACAAUUUAGCUGGGUGGGAUGGUAGAUGGCUACUGCACCAUGACAUUUAAAGGGACACUAUAGUCGCCAAAACAUUAGCUUAAAAAGACAUUGUAGGCACCCAGACCACUUCAGCUCACUGAAGUGGUCUGGGUGCCAACUCUCAUCAUCCUUAAAGGAACACUAUAGUCACCUGAACAACUACAGCUUAAUGUAGUUGUUCAGGUGAGAUCUAUAGCUCCCUGCAGGCAAUCUAAUGUAAACACUGUAUUUUCAGAGAAAAUACAGUGUUUACAUUGAUUGAUAGGAAUACCUCCAGUGGCCGUCACUCAGGCAGCCAUCAGAGGGACUUUCUAUCAUGUAUGGCCCUAAAAAGGCCAUGUACACGUCAGACGUCAUAAAAUACGUCUGACGUGUGCAGGAGAGAGAAGGCACUGUGCCCGCCCCCUCUCCUUUGCUGACAGGCAGGAGAGAGAAGGCGCGCACAAAGACCGCGAGCUGAGCUGUCAGUCAGGACUUCAUAGGGCAUGAAUGCCGCCCUAUGAAGUAUGUGUGGCAAAGCCGCGCAUGCGCACAAAGGAGCAAUGACGCUUCCAAAUGGAAGCAUCUGAUUGCUCCCUGCUCGCGCUCGCCUAUUUCGUCGUUUUUACGAAAUAAGGGGCACGGCUUCACAAGGCUCCCGGCGCUGGAACCAGGUCAGUAAAAACGGCUGCCUGGAGAGUCCCUUUAACCCUGCAAGUGUAAUUAUUGCCGUUUUUAUAGCAGGGUUAAAGGGACUCUCCAGUGCCAGGAAAACAAACAUUCAGUGACUUACCUGUAUCCAGUGCCGAUGUCCCUCGGCGCUAGUUCAGGGUCCGCCCAUGCUCCUCCAACGCCGACUUCAUCCGACAGGGGAGACCUAUUGCGCUAGAGUUGGAGUUAACCCUGCAAGGUAAAUUGCAGUUUAUGAAAACUGCAAUAUUUACAGUUGCAGGGUUAAGGGUAGUGGGAGUUUUCACCCAGACCACUCCAAUGGGCAGAAGUGGUCCGGGUUGCCUGGAGUGUCCUUUUAAGUCCUCCUCUAGUGGCUAUCUUCCCAAUGGAAGCCGCAGACUAAACCGGAGAUUCUGGGCCAUAGCUGACUGACACAUGACUGCAGACUUUGAGGCUAACUUUGGUUUAGCCCCUUAUGGUAAAUCGCACCAGGAAUCUCCUGCCACCGUAACAACUACAUUCUGAUAAUGUAUAUUAUGGAGGCUAAAGUGUCCUGGUGCUGUUAUUACUGAAUUUGUGUAUUUUGGGUAAUGCAGACACAAGAAAUUUAAUUUAAUUACUUUUUGCAUUGCUAUGCAUUUUUUUUGUUUAAUUUUGUACCUUUACUUUUUACAGCUUUACCAAGCUCAGUGAACCUAAACAAUGGCAUUACAAUGCCACUUCUUGGCCUGGGCACUUUUCGCUUACGUGAGCUCCAGAAUAUCACCAAGGCAGUGGAUGCUGCCCUAGCAUGUGGCUAUCGCUCGUUUGACACGGCCUGCGUCUACCGAAACGAAGCAGAUCUGGGUUGUGCCUUGCGCCAGCUUCUGCCUGUUCACGGAUUGACACGCUCCGAUAUUUUCAUUACCAGCAAGUUGGCACCUGCUGAUCUAGGUCAGAAUGCACGGGAAGCCUGUCUGCAGAGCUUGAAGGAAUUGGGGUGUGAAUACCUGGACCUUUAUUUGAUACACUGGCCAGGCAGGCAAGGUUGGCGGAGUGACGAUGCCCGAAAUGUAGAAGCAAGAAAAGAGGCUUGGAAAGCCAUGGAAGACCUAUAUGAUGCUGGCCUUAUAAAAGCAAUUGGUGUAUCCAACUACACAGAACAUCAUUUGACACAACUGCUGGCAUCAUGCCGUGUGAAGCCUGCUGUGUUGCAGGUGGAAUUUCACCCACAGCUCCCACAAACAGACCUGCUGAGCUGGUGCACAGAGAAUGAGGUCCAUCUGCAAGCUUAUUCCUCCUUGGGGUGUGGGAAUUUGUUGGGAAAGGAGGAUGUGAAGAAGGUAGCAAAUGUUUACAGGAAAAAACCCUCACAGGUACUCUUACGCUGGGCACUAAGGCAAGGUGUUGGGGUUAUUCCAAAAUCCUCCGAUCCUGAGCGAAUAAAGGACAAUUUUGAUGUUUGGGACUUUGACCUUAUGGAAGAGGAUAUGCACGAGUUAAGAAUGGAUGGCAAAGAACACAGAUACUGUUGGGACCCUACAGGUGUUGCAUAGUAUAAACCGCAAAAACUAGCACCACAAUGUGUGAUCUAUAAAUUAUAUCUAAACAUUAUCAAGUACAAGCCCCUGUAACUAACCUGGUAUCUGUAUUUUGUAUGAAAUCUCUGUGUACAGCUACAAUUACAAUACUGCUUUAAAACAGGGCGUUAUUAAAGGACCACUUUAUGUGCUUUAUGGAUGAGGAGUAUCCCGUUAAGACAUGCUGAUGAAUUGGCACUUUUAUAAAUAAUAGAAAACCCCACAGCUGUCAAUGGAACAUCCAGGGAGGUUUAUCUCUAAUACUGUUAGAAGCUAUGAGCUAACAGAAGUCGCAGACAUGUUCUACUUGAGCGUGCCUGCCCUCACUCCUGGUAUACGCGAUUGUCAGGCGUCAGAUCAGAAUGCAGUGAACAUGCGUUUGUUAGCCUUUUCUGGGCGAAAGGAGAGGUCUUGCAAAGUCUGCAGUUCAGAAGAACUCUAGCAGCUCUUUUUUUUUUUUUUUUAUAAUAGUUUUUAUUUUCAUAUUUUGCAAGAAAGUAAACAAUGGGAGGGUUACAGAAGAAAAUAGAGGAGGGAUAAUAUUGCAUAUUGUGAUACAUAGCAACUUUUCAAAGAUUUACACAGCAUUAGUAAUAAAACUGAAUUUUAUGUGAUGUUGCCUUCUGUGGUCGAUGUUGAAUUCUGGGUUAUGCAACAUAUCCAUAAUAGGGUGGAGAGGGGUAACAUAGUAAUACAUACAUGUUAGAAAACAUAAACGUAUUUACAGCCUAUGGUCUGAUUGUGUUUCAUCAUGUCUCUCUUUUGGCUCAGCCUUCGUCAUGUCUAUUGAACGGGUCUAUCUUAUGUUUAACUGGUGCCCUUUACAUUGGUUCUGGGUUACAUAACUGUUCGUGUGGCAGCUGUAGCUUUCUAAACUCUUGCUUUUCGGUUAGAUCUGUGUGUUGUUCCCUGUCAUGGGAUUUUUGCUUUGUCCCCUGUAUGGGCUUUAUCUAUGUGGUUUUGCCACAUGGUGUACGUUAAUAUAUUUGUGUGGCCCGUACGGCCUUGAAUCCCUGUGCAAUCGUUCGUAUGAUACAUUUGUAGAAAUUAGGUCUAAUAUCUCCUGUUUGGAGGGGAUCACAGUCAAUCUCCAGUUUCUUGCUAUUAUGGUUUUCACUGCUAUAAUAAUAUGGUAUACCAGUUUACGAACAUGUUUUGGAAGGGUCUGUGGUAUAAUGUGGAGUAGGAACGUUUCUAUUGAUACUGGAAUCCAUGUUCCAGUGCUACUUUUUAUUAUGUUUGCCACAGAUUCCCAGAGUGGGCGAAUUCGCGGGCUCGUCCACCAUAUAUGAAUUUUAUCACCCAGUGAACCCUGGCAUCUCCAACAUUUGUUGUCAACCGUUUUUCUUUCGUGUGUCUUUCCACGGCACUCAAGGCUGCUAGAGCCAAACAGGCUCUGGCCUAUCAGGAGUCUCAGUGAAACUUCAGAUAUCUGCUAAUACAAGGAGUUAGUGAAGGACAAUCCUCAAUUUAUGCAUUGCAGAACGUAUGGGAAGUGAUCUCAGAUCACUUCUUCCCAGUACUUAUGAAUGGGAAUCCACACUGUAGUAGAGCAGCCCGCAACUGCUGUUGCAGCUCCUGUCCUAGACCUGUACCUGGUCAGCCUGUAACCCAGGGAAGCCACCCACACUGCUAGAUAUACACAGACCUGCAGAAUAAGCCUCCCCUCAUACAAAUAAUAUGAACAGCCCACACACAAACAUACACACAAUCCCCACUAACGCAACACCACUAACAAUCCACAUACAUGCACAUAACCCCACAUGCAGUGUCUCACAUGCAAUACACCAAAAAGCCCCCACACACAAUGUGACAUAUCCAUCCACACACAAUUCCACAAGCAGCCCUCAUACACAGCCCACAUUCAUAUGUAUCAUACAUGAUACCAUAAACUACUAAUGAACAUAUACAAUAUAAUAGCUCAUAUACGCACAAAUACAACGAUACAAAGCAAUUACAGUAAAAAUAACACAAGCAGAAUGCGGCAGCAUACACACCUCAAUUUAAAAAAAAAAAUAGGAUUGGCACGCUACGGAACAUCACAAUCAGUGGUGUAUCCUGGUUUUGUGCUGCCCUAGGCAGGACAAAACUCAGGCGCCCCCAUGCCCCCGCGCCACCCCCACCCAACCCUUCCCCCCACCCCACCUUCUAAAUACACACACAGUCAGACACAUACACAGACACAAACACAGUCAGACACAAACACACACGCAGUCAGACACACACACAGUCAGACACAUACACAAACAGUCAGAAACAAACACACACUCACAAACAGUCAGACACAAACACACACAUACAGUCAGACACAAACACACACUCACAAACACACAGUCAGACACACACAGUCAGAUACAUACACAAACAGUCAGACACAAACACACUCAGACACAUACACAAACAGUCAGACACAAACACACUCAGACACAUACACAGACACAAACACACACACUCACAAACACACACACACUCACAAACACAGUCAGACACAAACACACACAGUCAGAGACACACACACUCACAAACACACAGUCAGACACAAACACACACAGUCACAAACACACACUCUCAGGCUGACAACACUGCACACACUCUCUUUUACACAUCCAAACACGGUCAGACACAAACACACACAGUCAGACACACACACACAUUACCUUUUUUUUUUUUUUUUUUUUUAUUUAAAUCCCCCAACCUUUGGCUUUGGUGACGGGCUGGCAGGAGGCGGAAGCUGGCGGGGGAGCACUUCCUAUGAGCUGACUGCUCAGCUCCCUCGCGCGGCUGCAGAGUGAGGCUGGGAGCCGGAAUAUGACGUCAUCUUCCGGCUCCCAGGCUCACUCUGCGGCGCGCGAGGGAGCUGAGCAGAGAGCUCAUAGGAAGUGCUCCCUCGCCAGCCGCCCGCCCGGGAUGUCAGUUAGCCGCGAGGCUAACUAGGCAUUUGCCCUGGGCAUUUGGGGGGUGGCGUUUUUUGCCGCCCCUUGAAAAAUGCCGCCCAAGGCAAAUGCCUUGUUUGCCUCGCGGCUAAUACGCCCCUGAUCACAAUCCUAUAUCGGCACAGUGCUACUAAAAGGUUGCCUACCCCUGACCUAUAUAAUAGUUUCCUGGAUGUUUACAGAUGUGAGGCACACCUCCUUACGCCCUUGUGAGCUGUAAAUGCCAUGCUCCAUUCUUGAGGUGACAAAACUCUCCCCAAGUCUUUGUGCCAUUCCUUCUGAAAUCCCCAGAGUAGUGAUUGUGUUUCCCCUAUAAGCGUGUUGUAGCAGAAUGAGAGGGUUUUUGUCUGUUGUCUCAAGCUUAUACAUUUGUCUUCAAAGUGUGUAAUGCGCGCCUCCCCCCCUUUUGUCUUAGUGUAACCGCCAUCUGUUUGAAUUGUAUGUUGUAGUUGCAUGUAUGAGAAUUUGGCUUUGGAGAGGAUCUUGAAUUGUGUCUGUAAUUCUUUGAAGCUUUUGAGGAUGCCUUGGUGAACCACCUGGUGUAGGUGGGUUAUGCCCUGUAUUGUCUAGCAGCUCUUUUAAACACCUCCCACCCCCUCAUGGAUGCAUGUAUGAAAAAUGCAUGUGUGUGUUCAUUGGAGGUAUAUCUACUAAACAGUGAAUUCUACCUUUUUGCCCAUUUGAACAGUGGCAUGUUCCUUUAAAUGAAGUGGGAAUUCAAAGUGAAUAUCAAAUUUAAGGUUAAAAUAGCCAAACUGUAAAAAUUCUCAAAGUCAGAUUUUCUUUCUGUUCGGCUACUCUGGUCAUAAAUUUGAAAUUUACUUUGAAUUCUCACUUUAGUAAAUAACUCUUAAAAGUAUCAACUGAUCCACAACCGCUCUACUCAUGAGUUCUUGGCAGUUCCAAGUCUUCUCAGAACUGUGGAAGUGACCACCUGGGGUGCAAUUUGGAGCUUUAUAGUACUAACAUAUAUAUUGGGGCACUAUUAAUUAGAUCUCCCCCUACUCUUUGCUGUAAAACCUAAAGAGGGAAAAAAAACAAAAAACCUGCCCCUUCUAAUGUCAUCCAGGACCUGAAGUGGUCAUGGUGGGUGGAGUAGCCCUUUUUAUUUAUAGUAUUUAAAGGGACACUAUAGUCACCAAAACAACUUUAGCUUAAUGAAGCAGUUUUGGUGUACAAAUCAUGUCCCUGCAGUCUCACUGCUCAAUUCUCUGCCAUUUAGGAGUUAAAUCAUUUUGUUUAUGAACCCUAGUCACACCUCCCUGCAUGUGACUUGCACAGCCUUCCUAAACACUUCCUGUAAAGUCAUCUAAAGUUUAUCCUUCCUUUAUUGCAAGUUCUGUUUAAUUUAGAUUUUCUUUUCCCCUGCUAUGUUAAUAGCUUGCUAGACCCUGCAAGAGCCUCCUGUAUGUGAUUAAAGUUCAAUUUACAGAGAAAAAUAUACAAUUGUUUACGGUAAAUUACAUCUAAUUGAAAAUGAAACCAGUUUUUUUUUGUUUUUUUUUACAUGCAGGCUGUGUCAACCAGAGCCAGGGGAGCUGUGACAAGGGCUGCAUAAACAGAAACAGAGUGAUUUAACUCCUAAAUGGC